AUGACGCUCGACUUCACGAGGCCUAAUGCCUUCACCUCGAACUCGAAGAGCGCGGAGAUUGAAUUCGCAAAGGAUAACUUCAGCGUCUCAUUAGGCUCGUCGUUCAUGUCGUCGACGAUCACUGGAGAUGGUAACGUUUCGAACGGGAAGCUAGGAUUGUCGUUCUUCUUGGCUCCCGCUCCGACCGUGUCCGGUGCGAAGCCUCCUCUCUCAAUGGCGCCAUUUAAGAAGAGGUGUCAUGAGCACGACCACUUCGACGACACGUCAUGCAAGUUUUCCACCUCAGGAUCUGAUUCCGGUUCCGACAAGUGCCAUUGCUCCAAAAGAAGGAAAAAUCAGGUGAAGAAAAUGAUUCACGUGCCGGCGAUUAGUUUAAAAAUCGUCGAUAUUCCACCGGACGAGUAUUCCUGGAGAAAGUACGGUCAGAAGCCUGAUAAGGCUUACAACAAGAAGAAUAUCUGCCACCAUCGGAGGAGUUCUAUCACUGGCCAUAUCAACCGUCACAGUCACCACAACAAUCUGUCCAAUUCAAUUCAGAUUGUGUUGAAAUAUUCAAAGGACCUUGUACACCAAGAAGAAUGA